GUAGUCAUUAUUAUGACCGUUUUAGAACGCGACACGGCAAGCUAUACGUGGUAAAGGGAAAAUGUGUGCUGUUGCGAAUCAGUAAUGUUUUUGUUUAAAGUGUGUUUGCAGUCACCCAGCUGAAUGUACAGUUUAUUUUCCCAGAAGCUAGCUUUGCUAGGAUUGACUUCUGCUCAUGUCAUAUCUGCCGGUGCCACUGUGUUUUGUAAAAAUUAUUUUUGUGCCAGCCACCGUGUUCUCCAACUUUUGACAUUUUGUCCAACAAUGCAACCAAAUUCAUCUAGCUGUCAAAGGAAUUUUUCUUGUAAGAGACAGAAGCCCCAGAAAGACACAUUACGCCACAUAAAAAACAGGGAGAAGAGAAAAGGACCAAAUAUACAUUCUGCAGCUACAGUUUAUGUGCAGGUUGUCGGUGCUGGAAACCGAGAUGCCGGCUCAUCAAUUUAUGUUUUUUCUGAAUACAACAGAUACCUCUUCAACUGUGGAGAAGGGACACAGCGCCUAAUGCAGGAGCACAAGUUAAAAAUAGCCCGACUGGACAGCAUUUUUUUGACUAGGAUGAAUUGGGCCAAUGUUGGAGGAUUGCCUGGUAUGCUCCUGACCCUAAAGGAUUCUGGGCUUCCACAGUGCUUUUUGUCUGGCCCACCACAGUUGGAGAAAUUCAUUGAUGCCGUGAAAGUUUUUUCCGGACCAUUGCGUGGUUUGAAUUUGGCUGUACGUCCAUACACUGAACCAGAGUAUUCUGAUGAAACUAUGACAGUGUAUCAGGUUCCUUUAUAUGCAAAACUGGAAUGCAAUGGACACAGGAGGCAGUUUAGUCCUGAAAGAUUACCAAGCCAUGUCAGUCCACCUAGGUCUCCAAAGCCUAGGUCUCCCAAAACUGACCUGUUGCAACUAGAGGAAAAUGAAGCACGUGGAAGUGAAUCUGACAGUUCAGUGGGAAGCACAGAAAUUCCAGCAAGAGAUCCUUCCUUAGUGGUGGCUUUCAUUUGUAAGCUUCAUUCAAGAAAGGGAAAUUUCUUGGUUGAAAAGGCAAAAGAAUUUGGCUUGCCACUUGGUACAGCUGCCAUUGGCCCAAUAAUCACUGCACUUAAAAAUGGACAGAGCAUCACCUACGAAGGCAAGGAGAUCCUUCCAGAAGAUGUAUGCACACCUUCAGACCCAGGUGCUGUCUUUAUUGUGAUUGAGUGUCCUAAUGAGGAGUUCAUUAAACCCAUUUUGGAAAGUGAACAACUAAAAAGGUACCAGACCGAAGCAUCUGAAAACACUGCCUCACUGGUUGUACACAUGACACCUGAGACUGUGCUGCAGAAUGACAAUUACAAGAAAUGGAUGGAAGGGUUUCCUUCAACCACAGAACAUCUGAUACUUAACGAAAGUUCACAAACAGUGCAUAAUCUGCGUAUUCACAAAAUUCAGACUCAGCUAAACCUUAUUCAUCCAGAAAUAUUUCCACUGUUAAAGAGCUCACAAAAUAAGGAACAUCUUAUGGAAUUACCUGCACCUUAUGUCCAAGGAGAGUGCUUGCUGAAGUAUCAGCUGAGGCCAAAGGCUGAGUGGCAGAGAGAUGCAGUUCCAGUUUGUAACCCCACAGAAUUUAUGGAAGAGGCUUUACAGCUACCAGAUUUCAACGCUAAGGUAGAAGAAUGCAAGCAAAACCUGGCCAUGGGCACUACAAAUUUAUACAGGAAAGCUGAUGAAUACCCAGAAGUUGUAUUUUUAGGAACUGGAUCGGCUAUUCCAAUGAAAAUUAGGAAUGUCAGUUCAACGCUUGUUCGCGUUAGCUCUUCACAGUGUAUUCUGUUUGACUGUGGCGAAGGGACAUACACUCAGCUUAGUCAUCAUUAUGGUGGAGAUGUUGAUGAAGUUCUUUGCAAGAUAUCAGCUGCCUUUAUUUCCCAUCUUCAUGCAGACCAUCACACAGGUUUAUUGAAUUUGCUAAUUCAACGUGAACGAGCUCUGAAGACCUUGAAGCAGCCUUUCCGACCAUUGCUGGUCGUUGCACCUCCAGCUAUAAUAACAUGGCUAUUCCAGUACCAUGACCACUGUCAAGCAAUCCUCAAACACAUUAAUGUGAUUCCUGCAAAAUGCUUGUUAGAAGGCCGUGAAGUUCCAAAAUUUAAAACCAGGUCCUUCAUUCAGUUGCUGCUUGAAACCUACUAUUUGGAGAAGUUCGAGACUUGUCUGGUUCGACACUGUCAUAACGCCUUUGCCUGUUCUAUGGUUCACAAGUCUGGAUGGAAAAUUGUGUACUCUGGAGAUACCAUGCCAUGCGAUGCCCUUAUACAAAUGGGAAAAGAUGCAACAUUAUUAAUCCAUGAAGCCACUCUGGAAGAUGGUCUGGAAGAUGUAGCUCUUGAAAAAACUCACAGCACAACCUCACAAGCCAUUAACGUUGGUAUGAAGAUGAAUGCAGAGUUCAUCAUGUUGAACCAUUUCAGUCAGCGUUAUGCCAAGAUACCUUUGUUCAGUGCUGAUUUCAAUGAGAAAGUGGGAAUAUCUUUUGAUCAUAUGAGAGUUCGUCUUGCGGAUUUUGGAGCAAUUCCCAAACUUAUUCCUUCACUUAAGGCUCUAUUUGCUGAAGAGAUAGAAGAAAUGGAAGAAAGAAGAGAGAAGAGAGAAAUGAAACUAAUGAAAGUACAGCCUGUUUUGGAUGUUAAACAAGAGUUGGAGAAUAAUGUCAAACAGAGGCAGCAGUUGUCAGUUACUGAGGAGUUAAGGAAUCCUACAGAAUUCAGUACUAAAAAACGGGACCGAGAAGACAAUUGCCAGGAUUUAGAAAACAAGAAAUUAAAAAUCAUUUGAUAACACAAUAAACAUUAUGUUUGUAAAUUUGAAUGUACAGUAAAUAUUAUAAAUAUACUUAUUUUAAGUGGGAGGCUUUGAAGGUAUAUAAAUUCUUAUUUUAUUACAUUUCUAUCCACCCAUUUGGAUUUUCAACUUUUACUUCUUUUUCAUAUGCAGUGUGGUUUAGUGUCUUUUAUAUAAACUGCACUGAGGAACUGUUAUGUUUGAUAUGUAUUUAUUAAGCAAAUUACUGUUCAUGUAAUGAAUUAAAAUUACUUCUGUCUCCCUUAAGCAAAAUGACCCAGCUGUUUGCCAAAACGGCUUCCUCAGUUACACAGUUGCUCUGAUAAAAAUAAAACAUUUUAAUUAAUA